AUGGAACAAGAAAGAAGGAAAGACGGCAAGGCACCGGUCCGUUCCCACCAUGGUUGCACAAACUGCCGCCGAAGCAAAGUCAAAUGCGACGAGCAAAAGCCAAGCUGCACUCGAUGUUGGCAGAAAGACCUGCAAUGCUCCAGCAACUACCAGCUGAAAUGGGAAUCCGAUUACCGUUAUCGUGGGGUCGCCUUUGGCAGAUCUGGCCGCUGGGGUAAAAACUCAUCUGAAAACCGGCAGACCCCAAGCCCAACGGGAUCCAGUCCAGCUUUCCCGGAGGAGGCUAUAUGGCUUGUGACCCCACGGGUCGAUACCUGGGCAUUUCUUAAUAAUGAUAUGUCUCUUAUCCAACGGCUUUGUGAUGAGGAAGAAAACCACACCGAACCGUAUCUCUUGCCAGCUUUCAAUGCCAAAAUGGUCAUUGGCGAGCAAGGACCUCGUGGUCCAAGACCAUUAUCAGCCUCAUCACCAUUGCCUUACAUUCAACAGUCUUUGGAGAUGGACGAGACAUUGACGCAGCACCUCCCAUCAUCCCUCUCCCUGUUCCCAUCCCUAGACUCCCUAGGGAAUCGAGUCCUAUUCGAUUAUUACAUCAACCAAGUAUGCCCACGAACAGUACAUAGCCCAAAUUCAAAAUCACCCUUCGCAUCUGUCAUUCUCCCAUACUGUGUAUCAGCCUCGCCGACAGUCCUACGAGCAAUCCAAGCCCUGGCCGCGUGCCAUUGGUCCCAAUACGACCCCCAAUACAGCAACAUCAGCCUACAAUUGAAGUCCCGAGUUCUGAAUGAUUUCCGAAAACGAAUCAAUCUCAACCCCACUUCCAUUUUUGCAGAAGAUCCUGAAAUCUUGGUCAUCGUCUUGUUCCUCUGUCUCUUCGACAUUGUUGAUGAUUGUGAUAAACAGUGGAUUGUCCAUCUGCAAGGAGCGAAGGAUAUAAUUCGACUAAGGAGACGACAGCAACGUUUAUUAACGGAGAAAAAUGAAACCGAAAGUCAAUGUAUACCGCAAGACCCAGUAUCAUCGUUUACGGAACUUUUUUUUGCAUUCCAAGAUGUCAUGGGCCGAACUGCGUGCGCAAAGGCAGACCUUUUUGGUCCGAGUUAUUGGCACGAAGAUGAUACAACCAUAAAUCCUUGGAUGGGCUGCAGUCCGGCCCUUGUCUCAAUUAUAUUCGCUGUCAUGGAUCUGAGUCGGUCUCGACGACUUAUGGUUUCAGAUGAGGAUCAGAUGUCUUUCAGUACUCAAGCUGCUGCGUUGAGCAACAAGCUAGAUACACUUCGACAAGAGUCUCAUACUGGCGAAGAGGAAGAUCUGACUAUCCACAAAAUCGCCGAACUGAAACGGCUCACUGGUAUUGUCUACUUGAAAUGCGCAUUAUAUGGCGCGCACCCAGCAGAAGACACGAUCAAGACAUACAUCCGGAUGAUAUUGAAAGAUGUCAUUGAAUUACUAGCUCUAGAAUCAGCGUGUCACGUCAUCUGGCCUCUCUUCGUCGCCGCUGUAGAACUGGAUCCCCUUGACUUUGAGCUCUGGAUAGAUCCAGAGACUGGAUCUGUGACAGAUGGGAGAAGACUGGUUCUAGGGUUACUCGCUCGGAUGGCCAAGAAUAGUGUCUCGAGUGUGUCUCGCACGCGCGCGGUUAUUGAGCAGGUUUGGAAAUCUCGGGACUUUGAUCUAUUGAAGUCUUUCAAGCAGAAAAAAGCGUCUAUCGCGGCUUUAAAUGACUGGGAGAGAUACGUUGUCCCAUUAAGUGAUGCUUUGAGCUUAGUAUAA